AUGACUGAAUCGUUUGAGAAAGAAAAGACCAACGACCUUGGCCUGGUCGAAUCGCAAAGGCAGGGCGAAAUGGCUCAGCCUAACGAACUACGAAGGGACUUCAAGCCACAUCAGGUCUUCAUGUUCUCGAUUGCUUGUGCAAUCGGCACAGGACUUGUGAUCGGUACAGGCAGUGCUUUGUCCAGAGGCGGGCCAGGCAGUCUCUUGAUUGCGUAUAUCCUCAUAGGGAUCACGGUCUUCUUCGUCAUGACUGCUAUUGGAGAGAUGGCGACUUUUCUUCCCAUGAAUAAGGGAUUCGGAGGUUACGCGACGCGCAUGGUUGAUCCAGCUCUCGGUUUCGCAACUGGCUGGAACUACUUCUUCAAGUACAUCAUAGCCACGCCGACAAACCUUACGGCUGCUGGGCUGGUCAUCCAAUUCUGGAGACCAGAUCUGAACGUGGCCAUCUGGAUCACCAUUUUUGGCGUCGCUAUUGUAGCUGUCAAUAUUCUUCAUGUCAACAGCUUCGGCGAGACCGAGUUCUGGCUUGGCUUUGCCAAGGUCCUCAUCAUGACGACUCUGAUAAUCACCACUUUCGUGGUUGCCAUGGGUGGCGGUCCGAACCACCAUCGAUCCGGCUUUCGGUACUGGCAAGACCCUGGAGCAUUUGCCGAGUACCUGCUUGAGGGGCCCAAGGGACGAUUCCUCGGUUUCUGGGCCUGUUGUUGCCAAGCGUGCUUUGGUUUCACGGGCACUGAAGUCGUAGGCAUGACUUUCGGCGAGACCCCAAACCCGCGGAAGAACGUCCCUCGAGCUGUCAAGCAGACGUUCUGGAGAAUCGCCUGUUUCUAUAUCCUUGGCGUCUUGGUACUUGGCAUGGCCGUUCCCUAUGAUAAUGAGCAACUUAUUGGCGCCACUAAGCAAAAGACGAGUGGAGCCGCUUCACCCUUCGUCGUUGCAGUGACUCUAGGUGGUGUCCCCAUCUUCGCCGACAUUAUCAACGGAUGCCUUUUAGUGUUCACUCUAAGUGCCGCAAGCUCAGCAGACAUCUACUGCGCCUCUCGGUCUCUCUACGGUCUCGCCAAAGAUGGCCAAGCGCCUCGCAUCUUUGCCAAAGCGCGCGAAAACGGCAACCCGAUAUUCGCUGUCGGUAUCACGUCCUUGUUCAUCUGCUUGGGGUACAUGAACGCCAGCAAGUCUUCUUCUACAGUAUUUGGCUACUUUGUCAGCCUUGUGACGGUUUUUGCUGUUCUCAACUGGGUUGCUAUUCUAAUCUCUCACAUCCGUUUCCGACAAGCAUUGAAGUCGCAAGGAAUCGUCGCAGCUGAUAUGCCCUAUGUUGGGUUUCUACAGCCAUACGGCUCAUACUUUUCACUAUGCAUCUCUCUUCUGGUCAUUGUCUUCAAUGGUUACGAUGCUUUUAUCCCCCAUUUCAAGCCCGAGGUUUUUGUUCUCAAGUACCUCGGUACCGUGAUUUUCAUUUUCAAUUUUGUUUGGUGGAAGGUUUCAAAGAAGACUACUUUUUGGUCCGCUUCAGAUGUGGACCUCAACACAGGUAGACGGGAGUGGGAAGAAACGGAGAGAUCGGAGGAAGUGCAUUGGGAGGGUGGACUGUGGAAGAAUGUUCUUGACAAGUUCAAGCGAUAG